CGAUACCUCAGCGGGCGGUCGCGGACGGUCGCGGUCGGUCGCGGGCGAGCGCGACGGGGCGGUCGCGGGCGGGGCGCGCAGUCGCGUUGGCUCCGGAGGGCCGCGCCGGCCGCGCUGCCGCCUCCGCCGCCGCCGCGCCGGUCUCCAGUGGGUGACGGUGAUCUGUCCGUGCGCCGGCGACAUGGUGGUGCUCUCGGUGCUGCUCGCGUCGCUCUGCUGCCUGCCAGCCGGCGAGCCACUGCGCAUGGUGAACUCCAACAUCCCCGUCUACAAGCAGGUCGGUGAGGAGACCACGCUGCUGUGCGACUAUGAUCUCGAGGGUGACAGCCUCUACUCGGUCAAGUGGUACAAGGAUGACGUCGAGUUCUACAGAUACAUGCCCAAAAACAACCCGGCCAAGCUCGUCUACCCUGACAUGCCCGGCAUCGAUGUAGAUACGAGCCGGUCAGACGAAACUCGGGUGACACUUCUGCGACUGGAUAUGUCCAGCACGGGCCGGUACCGGUGUGAGGUGUCGGCCGAGGCUCCCAACUUUGACACCGUCAACAGCAAGGGCACCAUGGUAGUCAUCGUAUUACCGGAAGAAGACCCGAUCAUCAGUGGCCAGGAUGAGGUGUAUACUCCGGGCAGUCACAUCACUCUCAACUGCACGUCAGAGCGAUCCAAACCAGCCGCUCAACUCAUGUGGUUCAUCAACGAACGCGAGGUUGGCGAGGAGCACCUGGUGCCGUACGGUAUUGUCAUGCACCCUGACGGGCUGGAGACCUCGAUACUGGGACUCCAUGUACCGCUGCGACCGCACGCCUUCAGGUCAGGUCAGAUUCAACUCAAGUGUGUCGCCUACAUCAAGGCGUUCAAUUAUGCCAGUUCAACAACGGAUGUGAUUGCCAGUUAUGGCCAGAUCAGAGACAACCUCGUCCAGCAGCGGCAGGCGUCGUUUCUCGUAAAAGGAGCAGCAUCGAGAAUGUCACACAGCACCACGGGAGUGUUGUUCUUACUUCUCACCACCCACGCAAUCAUCCAAUGAGCGUCAACAGCCGUCGACAGCAUCAGUGAACGUGAGCAACCGUCAGCAAGCGCUAGAGAACAUCCGCUGUGUGAUAAGCCGCGAAAGUCAACGCCUGGAGCCGGGACAAUCCUGUUCAGUUGCAGAGUGCGCCAGUCGGUGAUGUGAUGACGGCGUUUGCAGUGGUUGAGUGUUGACCACCAUGUUUCAUCGGUGACUUGAAGUGCUGUUGUGGAUGGGUGCGUCGGAACAGCCUAUGGGGAGUUGUGUGCAGUUCGGAACCGGUACUGCAGAGCAGAACGGUGCGUGUGGAGUUGAGGCUGAACAGUGAACACUGUGUUUUGAACACUGAUAGACAAUCUGCGAGAAGACCAACGCCAUUGCACUUCCGCUGAAGUGAUGGGAGAAGACAUGGCGGAGAUGACGGGGCUCAAGCCGGCAAGGAGAAGAGCAAGGGCACGAUAUACAUACAUAUCAAUAAUGUUACCUAGGUAAUCGCAUAGAGUUUAGCCGGGAAGCGAACGGGUAGCGGAAUAACUAUAUGCGCUGCAAGCUGAAAACUUCCGUGAAGUGAUGGGUAAGACUGGUGGUGAUGAGAGGUUUUGGGUGUCAUGCUGCCAUUCAUUUUCCCUGUUUUGUUUACAAGUGCACGCCUUUGCAAAAAGUCAUUUAAAAGUGUUAAGAAUUUAAAUUUGUUUUGCUACAUAUUUAAUGUAGAGCUGCCUAAAGUAUGGUGUGUGUUUACAUUAUCAUGAAACUGCUCUCUAAGACAGGAGGGCUCUUUAUGUGUUACUGCUAUGGGGCCCCAAUUGAGAUUAUCAGUGUUCAGUAUGACACUGUUAUAACAACAUCCCCUCAGCCCUGCCAACCUCCUUGUCGGUUCUGAUUGGGCAAGACAUUUGUGCAAUAGCAAGCGGCAGAACAGCAUAAUAUCAGGAACACAGUCAAAUAACUUAUUGAGGCAAAAAUAUUUAUGUUCUGUAAAAAGAUGAUGGUAGGAUUAAAUCAGGUGGAUUUAACACCUUACUUUUGUGCUAAUAAAUAAAGGGUGUGUG